CAAAGCUACAUGUUUUAAUCAACUUGCUCAAUUCUGCCACCCAAACCCAGAAAGAAUAGAACCACCUCCAGGAAAAAAAUUAAAGAUGUUCAGCGUUAAGGAAUUAGUUGAUUCGAAUAGUCUGAGGUCUGUUCCAUCCAAUUACAUUUGCCUAAAUAAUCCCGAAGAUUCCAUAUUGUAUAAUGAAACAGAGAAUAUUCCAACCAUUGAUUUUUCCCAAUUCACCUCUUCCAAUCCCAAUGAACGAUCCAAGGCAAUCCAACAACUAGGCAAUGCUUGCCGCGAUUGGGGUUUCUUUAUGCUAAUCAAUCACGGUGUAUCGGAGACACUAAGGGAUGAGGUGAUUAGGGCAAGCCAGGGCUUUUUUGAUCUGACUGAGAAAGAGAAAAUGGAGCACUCAGGGAGGAACCUAUUUGAUCCAAUAAGAUAUGGGACAAGCUUCAAUGUCACGGUGGACAAGACCCUUUUCUGGAGAGAUUAUCUCAAAUGUCAUGUUCACCCUCACUUUAAUGCUCCUUCCAAGCCUCCUGGUUUUAGCCAAACUUUAGAGGAAUACAUCACCAAGGGCAGGGAACUGAUUGCAGAAUUGCUAAAGGGAAUAUCUCUAAGCUUAGGGCUUGAAGAAAACUACAUACAUAAAAGGAUGAAUGUAGACUUGGGCUCCCAGUUGCUGGUUAUCAACUGUUACCCACCAUGUCCUAAGCCUGAACUUGUAAUGGGCCUUCCUGCACACACAGACCAUGGGCUUCUGACCCUCCUGAUGCAAAACGAGCUUGGAGGGCUUCAAAUUCAACCCAAUGGCAAAUGGAUUCCGGUCCAUCCCUUACCCAACUCCUUUUUCAUCAACACAGGGGAUCACAUGGAGAUACUGAGCAAUGGGAAAUACAAGAGCGUUGUUCAUCGAGCUGUGGCGAACACGAAAGGCAUUAGGUUUUCCGUUGGUAUAGCACACGGGCCCGAGCUUGACACCAUUGUGGGGCCCGCACCGGAGCUUGUUGGUGAUGAUGAUCCUGCUGCAUACCGUGCCAUCAAAUAUAGAGAUUACAUGCAGCUUCAGCAAAACCAUGAACUCGACGGUAAGUCAUGCUUGGAUCGUAUUCGAAUUUGAAUCAAAUUAAGCUCCUACCAUCGCUUAAUUAGUUAGGUAUAGCACCAUGCAUUUCUUGUAUCUGAACCAUGCUUGUGUUUCAUGUAUCAUUUAAUUUCAAUUUGAAUGUUGAUCUACUUGGAAUGUAAUUUCCACGUGUGUAAUUGAAAAUGCUUAAAUGCAUGCACGAAUCUGCCUGCCAUGGAAAAUUAAUAAAUUGACUUCGUGAA